CGGAUUUGAGGACGUGUGGUGUUCGUUGGGCUCUAACGUCUCAUUUAUUGUUUGUCUGAGUAUCCUGUAAUCUCUAUCUUGUAAUCUCCUACUUUGUUUCAAAAGUUCUUACUUGUUUCUGUUUAAAAGUGCGCGGCUGGGGCUCCUUUGGGACUCAUCAAGAAGCAUCUCAAAUAUGUCUUACAUGAUUCAGCAUCUUCAUAAUGGUUGGCAGGUCGACCAGGCGAUCGUCAACGAGGAGGAUCGCGUCGUCGUCAUUCGUUUCGGUCACGACUGGGACCCGACGUGCAUGAAAAUGGACGAGAUACUCUACGGUAUAGCAGAGAAAGUGAAGAACUUUACAGUCGUGUAUCUCGUCGACAUCUCCGAGGUGCCAGACUUCAACAAAAUGUAUGAACUCUACGAUCCGUGCACGACCAUGUUUUUCUACCGAAACAAACACAUAAUGAUUGAUCUUGGUACGGGAAACAACAACAAGAUCAACUGGCCUAUUGAGGAUAAGCAAGAGAUGAUCGAUAUUUUAGAGACGAUCUAUAGAGGUGCCAGGAAAGGUCGCGGUCUGGUUGUCUCUCCCAAAGAUUAUUCAACAAAAUAUCGUUAUUAGUUUUGGUAUACUAGCAGAUUCGAAGCGGAUGUUAGACAAGGACAGAUUUGAUGGUUGACUUUCUCAGAUGUGUAGUAACAAGUUGGAUCUUAAAGAUGA